UGGGGAGGGGAUUUUUUUUCCAGGUCUUCCCCCCCCCCCCUCCCUUGUCCUACGCGGCGUGGGACAGCUUCCCCUCACGCGGUAAAGGCCCACCAGGACCACCUUUGUCCCGCGUGUCCUCCUCAUGACACACGCGGCCGCUUCGACCCAGGGGCCCGAAGACCAGCCAACUUCACUUUGAUCGGCGUCUGCGCCCCCCACGCUCCCCAUCUCCACGUCACCCUCCCCCCCACCCCCAACCCCCCCUCGCUGGGCGCCAUCAGAAGGAGGAUGGAGACGAGCCCCAUCCCGGUGCUGACGGUCCAAACCGCCCCCUUCGAGGACCAGCGGCCCGGCACCAACGGGCUGCGGAGGAAGACGGCGGUGUUCGAGGGGAAGAAGAACUACCUGCAGAACUACAUCCAGAGCGUGCUGUCCUCCAUCGACCUGCGGGACCGCCAGGGCUGCACCAUGGUGGUGGGCAGCGACGGCCGCUACUUCAGCCGAGCCGCCACCGAGGUGAUCGUGCAGAUGGCAGCUGCGAAUGGGAUUGGCCGCCUGGUGAUCGGUCACAACGGCCUCCUGUCCACCCCCGCUGUGUCCUGCAUCAUCAGGAAGAUCAAGGCCAUCGGCGGGAUCAUCCUCACAGCGAGUCACAACCCCGGAGGCCCCGCCGGAGACUUCGGAAUCAAGUUCAACGUGGCCAAUGGGGGACCCUCUUCGGACACAGUGAUGGAGAGGAUCUGCCAGGUGAGCCGGACGCUCGAGGAGUACGCCAUAUGUCCCGACCUCCGCAUUGACCUGUCCAGGCUGGGAAGACAAGAAUUUGACCUGGAGAACAAGUUCAAACCUUUCAGAGUGGAGAUCGUGGACUCUGUUGAGUUGUAUCUACAACUGCUGAGAAACAUCUUCGACUUCGACGCCAUUAAAAGUCUUUUCACGGGACCAGAUCAGCUCAAGAUCCACAUAGAUGCCAUGAACGGAGUGAUGGGCCCCUACGUGCGCAGGAUCCUGUGUGACGAGUUGGGAGCUGCCGCUAACUCUGCCGUCAACUGUGUCCCCCUGGAGGACUUUGGUGGCCGACCUCCGGAGCCCAACCUGACCUAUGCCACGUCUCUGGUAGAUGCCAUGAAAGGAGGGGACUUUGGCUUUGGAGCUGCAUUUGACGCGGAUGGAGACCGGUACAUGAUCCUCGGAGAAAAAGGCUUCUUUGUGAACCCGUCAGACUCGGUGGCCAUCAUGGCCGCCAACCUCUCCGCCGUCCCCUACUUCCGACAGCUGGGAGUCAAGGGCUUUGCCAGAAGUGUUGCCACCAGCGCGGCCCUCGACAGGGUCGCCAAAGCCAUGAAACUGGCGCUGUAUGAGACUCCCACGGGCUGGAGGUACUUUGGGAACCUGAUGGAUUCUGGGCGUUGUUCCCUCUGCGGGGAGGAGAGCUUCGGGACAGGUUCAGACCACAUUCGUGAGAAAGACGGACUGUGGUCGGUGCUGGUGUGGUUGUCCAUCAUAGCCUCCAGGAAAAAGGCCGUGGAGCAGAUUGUCAGAGAACAUUGGGACAUGUUCGGACGCAACUACUUCUGCAGGUUUGAUUACGAAGGCCUGGACCCUCGCGCAGCCUUUUACCUGAUGAGGGAUCUGGAGUCGGUAAUCUCAGACAAAGCAUUCACCAGCCAGAAGUUUGCUGUGGGAGAACACGUGUACAGCGUGGAGAAGGCCGACAACUUUGAGUACAUCGACCCUGUCGAUGGAACGGUGGCUCGAAACCAGGGCUUAAGGAUCGUCUUCACUGACGCGUCCCGCCUGGUGUUCCGGAUGAGCGGGAGCGGCGGAGGGACAGGUGCCACCAUCCGCAUAUACGCCGAGAGCUUCGAGAGAGACCCCGAGAGACACAGCAGAGAGACACAGGUGGUGCUGGGUCCUCUCAUCGCCAUUGCCCUGAAGAUCUCCAACGUCCACGAGAGGACAGGCCGCCGCGGCCCCAACGUCAUCACAUGAGCCUCCAGCUAAACACUCACACGCACACAUGCAUCUAGCUGCUCACACACGCAAAAAAAAAUAACUUUUCCCAGGCUUAAAUCCAUUCUCUGUAGCUUAAUGGUAAUUUUUUUUUCUUUUUCCUUCUCCCAAUGAUGACUAAGCUGAGGGUGCUUAUCUCUCAAGAAGGAAACACAGGGUUCUCCUUGUUGUUUAUUGACCAUUAUCAUCAGUCAGCUAUCAAAAACAUAGAGUUAGUGUCCAAACCAUGCAGGCCAUUUCAUUUUUGCCAUGAAUUGACAAAGGAAAAGACGGCAAACAUAUUGAGUGUUAACGUUUGUGGAUUGCAGUUAUAAAGAUUUAUUGACUAAGGAAGCCUGAGAGAUCUUGUUUUAAUUCUCAGUGCAGUGUUUGCUUGACAUAUUGCUUGUACGCGUCCUCUCAUUUAUGUCGAUCUUUUGACCAUUUAAUGCUGAAGUAAUUAAACCUUUUAAGAAGUGUAACAUAAAACAGGCGUGACAUCACAACUUAUAUGUCAGUCAAAUUGUCAGACUUGUGUUUUAUAGAUAGGGAGGAAAAAAAAAAACAUAUUUUAGGCAUCUUUGCUAAUCUGGGUUUUGCUUUUAUUUGUCGGUUUAGCAAUGACAUAUAACCAUAUUUGAAUAUAUCAUUUUUUUUUUUACCCAAAUAAACUUUUUUUUGUGUGUGAUAUUUGCCUUUUUUAAUUGAAACAGACAGGCAUAAUGGGGACAAAUAUCAGAACACAUGAGAUAUGUUGCCCAUUCCCAGAUUUUAAUCAAACAUCCUUCACAAUUAGAAGCGCCACGUUGUGCGGACGCCGUGUAUUGCUUGUCGCUUGAAUAUCCUCAUGGAACAGGCAGCACCUGCUUCGGAUUCAAGUGUGAAAUGCGUUGAAGCUGUUGAGCUGUGGAGAUAAGAAAUGAAGAGGGUUGAUCUUUACAGGCUCUGAAUGGGUCACAGAGAGCAGGAACUAAUAAACA